UUCCCCACCCCCUCCCGUCUGUCACCAGUGGCUCAGCCGCUCACUUCUGGUUUUCACUUCACCAGCCAGGAAAAGAAACAAACCAAGACGGGGUUGUAACCCUGCGGAAGUGCUGCAGAAACCGGAGCUACCGCAAUCUGAGCGGAGGGGAGGCUGCCGGAUCGUGCCCCUGCAGCAGUGCCUGUGCCCCGUGGUGCUGGCAGGACCACUGGCACAGCAGGACAGGAUGGCUCUCCCCGAGAUGGGGCCGCUGCUGCUGGGCGCGCUGCUGCUGGGGCUGGGCCGGGCCGCCCCCCAGGGCCACGAGGUGACGUUCCUGCCGGGGCUGGCCAAGCAGCCGGCCUUCCGCCACUUCUCGGGCUACCUCUGUGCCGGGCCGGGCCAACACCUGCACUACUGGUUUGUGGAGGCCCAGAGCAACCCCCAGAGCAGCCCCCUGGUGCUGUGGCUGAACGGAGGCCCGGGCUGCAGCUCCAUGGAAGGAUUCCUGAAGGAGCACGGCCCCUUCCAGAUCCAGCCCGACGGGGUUACGCUGAAGUACAACGACUACGCCUGGAACAAGAUUGCCAACAUACUCUACCUGGAGUCCCCCGCUGGCGUUGGCUUCUCCUACUCCGAGGACAAGAAGUACAGCACGAAUGACACUGAGGUCGCUCACAACAACUACCUGGCACUGAAAGAUUUCCUGCGGCUCUACCCUGAGUACUCCAAGAAUGAUCUUUAUCUCACCGGGGAGAGCUAUGGGGGCAUCUACAUCCCCACACUGGCAGAGUGGGUGAUGCAGGACCCCAGCCUCAACCUGAAGGGAAUCGCUGUGGGAAAUGGCCUCUCCUCCUACGAGAUCAAUGACAACUCCCUGGUUUACUUUGCUUAUUACCACGGGCUGCUAGGGACUGAACUGUGGAAGGACUUGCAGGCCUUCUGCUGCUCCCAGGGGAAGUGCAACUUCCAUGACAACUCCAACCUGAACUGCACACUCAAGAUGGAGGAGAUGAUUCAAAUUGUAGAGGAGUCCGGCCUCAACAUCUACAACCUCUACGCCCCGUGUGAGGGUGGCGUCCCGGGGAGCACGAGGUAUGACGGUGAUUAUCUUGUCACACAUGACCUGGGCAACUCCUUCAUCCGGGUGCCCAUGAAGUUCUCCUGGCGGCAGAGCCUGUUCCGGAUGCCCACAGCCCGGAAGGUGCGGAUGGACCCUCCUUGCACCAACUCCACAGACCUCAGGGUGUACCUGAACUCCCCGGAGGUGAGGAAGGCUCUGCACAUCUCCCCCGAUGCCCAGGAGUGGCAGGUGUGCAGCUUUGAGGUGAACCGUGGCUACAAGCGCCUGUACAUGCAGAUGAACGACCAAUACCUGAAGCUACUGGGAGCCUCGAAAUACCGGAUCCUGGUGUACAACGGGGAUGUUGACAUGGCCUGCAACUUCCUUGGGGAUGAGUGGUUCGUGGACUCCCUGUGCCAGAAGGUGCAGGUGGCUCGUCGGCCCUGGCUCUACACCGAGCGGGGCGAGAACCAGAUCGGGGGCUUUGUGAAGGAAUUCACCAACAUCGCCUUCCUCACUAUCAAGGGAGCUGGGCACAUGGUGCCCACGGACCGGCCGCUUGCCGCCUUCACCAUGUUCAGCCGCUUCAUUAAGAACGAGCCAUACUAGGGACUGCGGCGGCAGCGCCCGGCUGCCCUCACCCCGGCACCUCCCGCACAGCCCGUCCUCGCUGCCGUGCCCGCGCUCCCUGCACCAUGACACGAGCCGCUCCCCCUGCCAGCCUGGGGGCUCUGCCUGGCCCUGCAGGACGGCGCCUGCUGAGCGGGGGGAGGAUGGGGCCCCAAGCUGAGUCCCAAACCCUCAUGGCAUAUUGCAGAUGGAGGAGAUGAUUCAAAUUAUAGAGGAGUCCGGCCGGGGCAGAUUGCUGGGUGAGGGGUGAGAAGUCCCAGGGGCUCUGUCCUUGCUGGGUGAGGAUUUGUGCCCUGCUGCAGCCGCCUCCUCGCCUGUGGCUUUCCUGUCGUGCCUCCUCCCUGUCUGGGGUGGCAGCUGCUUCCCCCUGGGCACAACCAGCCCCCACCACUUCCGUCUGCCCGCACACAGCCCUGGGCACGCUCUGAGGAACGACAGCUCGCUGGCGGCUGCAGGCGCUGCUUGUGGGGCUUUCUGCUCCAAGCUGCACCGUACCUGAUCCCAAGGAGGCUCAGCACGGAGACAAUCCCCCCUGCUCGUGACCCAGGCACACAGUUCUUCUGGGCACUCACAAUAAACUCUCUGAACAAGGUG